CUGAAGGCAGGUAGGUAGUGCCAGUCCCAGGAGGAGGAGGAGGCACCUGUAGAGAAGAACAGGAUCCUGCAGUCCCUCAGAGGGCUGCGCCUUUCAUCACCUGGACAGACCCCGGUGCCCGACAUUCCUCUUCCACCCUGUGGCCCCUGGAAGCCUUUUGCAGGAGCCAGAACUAUGGAGGGCCUGGUCAUUGAACAGGGCGAAGCAGGGGAUAGAAUGCUGGCGCAGAAGGAUGUCCUCAGGCCGUUCCCCAGAACGCGGAAGAUGAUGAAAGCGUUCCUCCUGGGAGUGAAAAGAAUCCUUUUCCGUGUCGGUGAUGACUGGUAUUUCCUCUUUGCUCUUGGGGUCAUCAUGGCUCUGAUCAGCUUCACCAUGGACUUCACCGUCUCCAGAUUGCUGAAUGCUCAUCGGUGGCUCCAGCAGGAACUGGGGGACAACACUCUGCUCAGAUACCUGUCCUGGAUUGUCUACCCCAUUGCCCUGAUCGCCUUCUCCACCGGCUUUGCUCAGAGUAUCACCCCACACUCUGGAGGCUCAGGAAUCCCGGAACUGAAGACGAUCCUCACGGGCGUCAUCCUGGAGGAAUAUCUAACCAUCAAGAACUUUGGGGCCAAGGUGGUGGGUCUGACCUGUACCCUGUCCGCUGGCAGCACCAUGUUCCUGGGCAAAGUGGGUCCUUUUGUCCAUUUGUCCAGCAUGAUCGCAGCCUACCUGGGGCGGAUGAGGACCUCUGUCACCGGACUCUACGAGAACAAGCAUAAGGAACAUGAGAUGCUGGUGGCGGCCGCUGCUGUUGGUGUCUCCACUGUGUUUGGUGCACCGAUUAGCGGGGUGCUCUUCAGCGUGGAGGUGAUGUCAUCACAUUUCGCCGUGCGGAAUUACUGGCGCGGAUUCUUCGCUGCCACUUGUGGAGCGUUUAUGUUCCGUCUUUUGGCUGUGUUCAACAGCGAGCAGGAGACAAUCUCAGCCAUCUUCAAAACCAACUUUAAGAUCACCUUCCCCUUUGACCUCCCAGAGACGUUUUUCUACAUGAUCCUGGGGGUGAUCUGCGGGACGAUAAGCUGUGCCUACCUGUUCUGCCAGCGCUGGCUCCUGGGAUACGUCAAAAGAAAUCCUUUUACCACCAAGUUACUGGCGAAUGAUAAACCCGUGUACUCGGCACUGUUGGCGCUCCUCAUUGCAACUAUAACGUUUCCGGAAUUCCUUGGACAGUACCUGGCAUCACGGCUCACCAUGAAGGAGCUUCUCGUCUCCCUCUUUGAUAACCGCACGUGGUGGACACUUGCCCAGAACAUGACAGAGCUGCGCCCCACAGAAGUGGACCCCAAAAAUCUGUGGAUGGAAUGGACGAACCCACAGAUCUCCAUCUUCGGCACUCUGGCGUUUUUCAUCAUCAUGAAGUUCUGGAUGUUCACCCUCGCCACCACCUUGCCCUUACCCGCCGGGUACUUUAUGCCCGUCUUCAUAUACGGAGCCGCCAUUGGACGACUGGUGGGAGAGACCGUGGCGUAUAUAUUCCCAGAUGGUAUUACCUCUGAUGGCGUAGUUAACCCCAUCAUUCCUGGAGGAUAUGCUCUGGCAGGGGCAGCGGCCUAUUCGGGGGCAGUGACGCACACCCUUUCUACGGCGCUGCUCGCCUUUGAAGCUACGGGUCAGAUAGCGCACAUCCUUCCGGUGAUCCUGUCGGUGCUGAUCGCCAACGCCAUUGCCCAGAAAUUCCAGCCGUCCUUCUACGAUGGCACCAUCAUCGUGAAGAAGCUGCCGUACCUGCCGCGGAUCCGCAGCCGCCAGAUAAACUCCUACAAGGUGAACGCCAAGGAGUUCAUGAAGACGGACAUCGAGGUGCUCCCACGCGACGCCAGCUUCGACCACGUUCUCCAGAUCAUUACGUCCUCGGACGACAAGGAGUUCCCAGUGGUGGACAACGCAGACGCUCGGGUCUUGGUCGGUUCGGUGAAGAGAAGUCAACUGAUCAGUUUCCUGGAGACGCACGAGUCCAACCGGCAGUCCACGAGCCCGGAGCAAAAGGCUCUGUCCGAUGGGACCCUUAGUGACGAAUGCAGCUUCGAUCCGGUCACGUUCCAGCUGUCGUCGUCGACGUCCUUACAUGAGGCUCAUCACCUGUUUGAGCUCCUCAAUCUUCAGCAAGCCUUUGUGACAGAAUUUGGGAAGAUUGUCGGUUCUGUCACCCGGAAUGAGAUGAGGAAAGCGAUUGAGAACCUGGCAAACCCAAAAUGAAGCAGAUGGAGGUCAGAAAAAGGACGCCCCAAAAACCGGAAGCAUCCAGAGCGCGGGUCCUGAUGGACAAUCGGAUAAACGGACGCUGGUGGUCACUAUAACACGGAUGGAUCAUGACUCCCAACGGGCUCACAGAAAUACACAGACUGAAAAGUUAUGCAACUUUCUAACAGACUUUUGUGCUACAAUUCAUCAUCAUGUGCAUGCCCUCUGCUUGCUGUCAGUGAAUAGGCAUAUUCUUGUUCCAUCCAGAGGCUGACCCAGGCUUGCUCACAGCUGAGGGGUUUGUUACAAUGUAUCCGUUUAGACCAAUCCUCCGGGAGGUAAAUAUAUCGGCAGCGCAAAUCUGUCGUGAUUGUUUGCGACAAUGUAUCAGCGCAGGUAAAAUGUAUCAGUCUGAAGUCUGUGUAUAUCACUGGGUGCAACUGAGAAGUAUUAGGACAGUACGGGUUUACAGCUUCUGGAUCAAACAUAAAUCCUCCCAUUCACUUACAGAAAGCAGAGAUAUUACAAACGAGGAACUGAAACUUAAUGCAUAUUAGAAAGUUACAGAAUUUUCCCUUGUACCAUGACUGAGCUGUAAUACUCCAGGCAGGCUCACAUCUCCAGAAGCCUCUCCGCUGCUCACGGGACUCAUGGACGCCGGUCCGCCCAGUUUCAUCCUCCCCCCUGCACUGCAUCUUACUGGAAAUGGAGGACUGAAGUUCACAGCAACCAGCGUCAGUGAAUGGCACUGGGGAUGAGAACGGUUAAGGCUGAGUUCACACGGGCUGAGAUUUCCGUGCGGGUGCAAUGCAGUAGGUGAACGUAUUGCACCCGCACUGAAUCCUGACCCAUUCAUUUCAAUGGGGC